AUGUCAAGAAAGGAGGCAUGUGACGUUACCGCUUUCUCGGGACGAACUCUCAUUGCUGGCUGGACCAAGCCCCUGAAGGCUCCCAAGAAGGCGGCGAAAGAGCUCGACGAGGUGGACAUUGCCCAUCAGAAAAAAGUGAACGACGAAAAGAAAGCGAUACAGGAGGCGGCGAAUAAAUUACGUGCCGACAAGGCUGGCAAGAAGAGCGCCAAAAAAUAG